AUGCUUUUUUCUUCUUUAUUUAUUUCUUCUGCUAUCUACCUCUUACUUAACUUUCCUUCUUUCUUACACUAUCUCUUAACUUUCUUUUUCUCUUCCUUUCUUUCUUUUUUCUUUCUUUCUUUCUUUCUUUAUUUAUUUCCACUGUUUUUCUUUCUUUUUCCUCUUCUUAUUCUUCUUCGUUGGGAGCCACUUUUCUCUCAUAAAUCGAAUGAAGACGGGGUUAAAUGCUUGCGGGGAAUUGUUUUGUCUGUUUGCCGAGAGGAAGACACAGAAGUGAAAUACGCAGCUGGCUCAGUAGAUUUUUCUUUGUUUUUAUUUGUGUUUUUCUUUCUUAUUUUCUUUCUUUCUUUUUGUCAAUAUUUUCUUCUCUUUUUCAGUUCUGCUUUUUUUCUUUUAUCUUUCGGGUUUUUUCUUCAUUAUUUUCCUUUAAUUCCUCACGAAUUUUGUCUUUUCUUUUUUCUUUUAUAUUUUCUCCUUCUUUCUGUUUUUCUCAGGAGAUCUUAA